GUAGGCCCCGCCCCCGGCCGCGUUGACCUGCGCGUCGACUGAGCGCCUUUCCCCGGGAGAAGCACGUCGGGCUUCAGUGGGUCACUUCCCACGAUGGCGCGCGUGUUGAAGGCGGCGGCGGCGGCAGUGGCGGUGGCGGUGGCGGCCGAGAGCGCAGUAGGGCUUUAUUCCAGACUUAAGACUCCAGUUCCAAAAGUAAGAACUUUUUCCACAUCUCAGUCCUCGCUUCAAGUGGCAGGUCCUGUGUGGAACCUGGGUCGACUCAAUCAUGUAGCAAUUGCAGUGCCAGACUUGGAAAAAGCCGCGGCAUUUUAUAAGAAUGUUCUGGGGGCCCAGGUAAGUGAGACGGUCCCUAUUCCUGAGCACGGAGUAUCUGUUGUUUUUGUCAACCUGGGAAACACCAAGAUGGAGCUGCUUCAUCCGUUGGGAAAUGACAGUCCAAUUGCAGCUUUUCUACAGAAAAACAAGGCUGGAGGAAUGCAUCAUAUCUGCAUUGAGGUGGAUGAUAUAAAUGCAGCUGUGAUGGAUUUGAAAGAGAAGAAGAUUCGUAGUCUAAGUGAAGAGGCCAAAAUAGGAGCACAUGGAAAGCCAGUGAUUUUUCUCCAUCCUAAAGACUGUGGUGGUGUUCUUGUGGAAUUGGAGCAAGCUUGAUUUAAUUUGCAAGAAACUUUAAAAAUCCCCACCAAAAUAUACUGAAAAUCCCCAUUGAAUUAUACUCCAGCAUUGAAUCCUGCACUCCUUCCAUCACUUAAGAGUUCACAAUUAAAGGGGCACCUGACUGGCUCAGUCAGUGACUCUUUACCCCAGGGUUGUGAGUUCAAGCCUCACAUUGGGUAUGGAGAUUACUUAAAAAUAAAAUCUUUUAAAAGAAGUUCAAAAUUAAAAACUAAAUUACAGGGGUGCCUGGGUGGCUCUGUCGAUUAAGUUUCUGCCUUCGUCUCAGGUCAUGAUCCCAGGGUCCUGGGAUCAGGCCCCACGUCAGGCUCCCUGCUCAGUGGGGAGUCUGUUUCUCUCUCUCCCUCUGCCCCUCCGCCCGCUUGUGCUCUCUUUCUCUCCCUCUCUCAAAUAAAUGGAUAAAAUCUUUUUUUAAAAAAAACUAAAUUACGGAAAGAGAUUUUUUAAAUUGUACAUAUGUAUAAUAAAUGUCAAUAUAUAUAAUUGACAUAUUUGUUAAUUACUUUGGUUUUUGUCUGAUUUGGAGGAAUCCUUGAUUAUUAAAUACUUAGGGAAUAUUAUUAAAAUUAUAGAAAUAAAUUAUUCUUGUCCAAAAUGGGGUCAUUGACUACAGUAUGUUACUGUGUGAAAGAGUGUAUCUGCACGCGUGCGCAUGUGUAUGUGAGUUGGGGUGGAGUUAGGAAAGGGUGCCUGAUAGCUGCAUAGCUACAUAUUUGGGACAGAGUGCUUUCUGAGGAUGUCAUGGAGAGUUUUUUACACCGACUUUAAGGUUAAGGAGUUUUGACCUCAACGUUUUUGCUCUUCUACAACAAUUCUGUUCACAGGUUCCAUAUGGGCAGGUAUUUUUGGUGCUAGUGCUAGAUAUAUGAAUAAGAAGUUUUGUGGAAAACUUCAUUCAUGAUCUAGUGAGUGCAUAGGUAGCUGAAUUUUUUUUUUUUAAGAUUUUAUUUAUUUAUUUAUUUAUUUGACAGAGAGAGAGACAGCGAGAGAGGGAACACAAACAAAGGGAGUGUAAGAGGGAGAAGCAGGCUUCCCGCGGAGUGAGGAGCCCGAUGUGGGGCUCGAUCCCAGGACCCUGAGAUCAUGACCCGAGCCGAAGGCAGACGCUUAAUGACUGAGCCACCCAGGCGCCCCGGUAGCUGAAUUUUUUUAUUCUUUAUUUAAAUUCAGUUUAGUUAACAUACUGUAUUACUAGUUUCAGGGGUAGAAUUUAGUGAUUCAUCAGUUGCAUAUAACACCCAGUGCUUGUGACAUCAAGUGCCCUCCUUAAUGCCCAUCAUCCAGUUACCCCAUCCCCCCAGCCACAUUCCCUCCAGCAACACUGUUUGUUUCCUAGAGUUCAGCAUCUCUUAUGGUUUGCUUCCCUCUCUAUUUUCAUCUUAUUUUGUUUUUUCUUCACUUCCCAUAUUUUCAUGUUUUGUUUCUUAAAUUCCACGUAUAAGUGAAACCAUAUGAUAAUUGUCUUUCUCUGAUUGAAUUAUUUUGCUUAGCAUAAAACCCUCCAGUUCCAUCCACAUCACUGCAAACGUUAAGAGUUCAUCCUUUUUGAUGGCUGAGUAAUAUUCCAUUGCAUAUAUCUAUACCACAUCUUCUUUUUUUUUUUUUUAAAGAUUUUAUUUAUUUAUUCAUGAGAGAGAGAAACAGAGGGAGAAGCAGGCUCCCAAGGAGCGGGAAGCCUGAUGCGGGACUCGAUCCCAGGACCCUGGGAUCAUGACCUGAGCCGAAGGCAGACGCUUAACCAUCUGAGCCACCCAGGCGCCCUAUACCACAUCUUCUUUAUCCAUUCAUUUGUUGAUGGACAUCUGGGCUCUUUCCAUACUUUGGCUAUUAUGGACAUUGCUGCUAUAAACAUUGGGGUUCAGGUGCCCCUUCAGAUCACUGUUUGUAUCCUUUGGGUAAAUACCUAGUGGUGCAGUCACUGGGUCAUAGGGUAGCUCUAUUUUUAACUUUUUGAGGAACUUCCACACUGUUUUCCAGAGUGGCUGUACCAGCUUGCAUUCCCACCAGCAGUGUAAGAGGGUUCCUCUUUCUUCACAUCCUUGCCAACAUCUCUUGUUUCCUGAGUUGUCAAUUUUAGCCAUUCUGACCAGUGUGAGGUGGUAUCUUACUGUGGUUUUGAGCUGUAUUUCCCUGAUACUGAGUGAUGUUGAACAUUUUUUCAUGUGUCUAUUGGCCAUUUGUAUGUCUUCUUUGGAAAAAUGUGUUUGUUUCUUCUGCCCGUUUCCUGACUGGAUUAUUUGUUUUUUGGCUGUUGAGUUCAGUAAGUUUUUUUAAUAGAUUUUGGAUACUAAACCCCUUAUUAGAUAAGUUAUUUGCAAAUAUCUUCUCCUAUUCUGUAGGUUGCCUCUUAGUUUUAUUGAUUGUUUCCUUUGCUGUGCAGAAGUUUUUUUUUUUAUCUUGAUGAAGUCCCAAUAGUUCAUUUUUGCUUUUGUUUCCCUUGCCUCCAAUGACGUGUCUAGUAAGAAGUUGCUACAGCCGAGGUCAAAGAGGUUGCUGCCUGUGUUCACCUCUAGGGUUUUGAUGGUUUCUUGUCUCACAUUUAGGUCUUUCAUCCCUUUUUAAUUUAUUUUUGGUAUGGUAAGAAAGUGGUCCAGUUUCAUUCUGCAUGUGGCUGUCCAAUUUUCCCAACACCAUUUGUUGAAGAGACUGUCUUUUUCCCACUGGAUAUUCUUUGCUGCUUUGUUAAAGAUUAGUUGACCAUAAAAUUGAGGGUCCAUUUCUGAGUUCUCUGUUCUGUUCCAUUGAUCUAUGUGUCUGUUUUGUGCCAGUACAUACUGUCUUGAUGAUGACAGCUUUGUAAUAGAGCUUGAAGUCUGGAAUCAUGAUGCUUCCAGCUUUGGUUUUCUUUUUCAACAUACCUAUAGUUAUUUGGGGUCUUUUCUGGUUUCAUACAAAUUUUAGGAUUGUUUGUUCCAGUUCUGUGAAAAAUGUUGAUAUUUUGAUAGGGAUUACAUUGAAUGUGUAGAUUGCUUUGGGUAGUACAGACAUUUUAACAUUUAACAAUGUUUGUUCUUCCAAUUCAUGAGCAUGGAAUGUUCUUCCAUUUCUUUUUGUCCUCUUCAAUUUCUUUCAUAAGUGUGCUGUAGUUCUCAGAGUACAUAUCCUUUACGUCUUUGGUUAGGUUUGCUCCUAGGUAUCUUAUAGUUUCUGGUGCAAUUGUAAACAGGAUCGUUUCCUUGAUUUCUCUUUCUUCUGCCUCAUUGUUAGUGUAUAGAAAUGCAACAGAUCUCUGUACAUUGAUUUUAUAUCCUGUGACUUUACUAAAUUCCUGUAUGAGUUCUAGCAAUUUUGGGGUGGAGUCUUUUGGGUUUUCUACAUAGAGGAUCAUGUCAUCUGAAAAUAGAGUUUGACUUCUUUGCCGAUUUGGAUGCCUUUUAUUUCUUUUUGUUGUCUAAUUGCUGAGGCUAGGACUUCUAGUACUAUGUUGAACAACAGUGGUGAGAGGAAAUCCCUGUCGUGUUCCUGACCUUAGGGGAAAACCUCUCAGUUUUUCCCAUUGAGGAAGAUAUUCGCUGUGGGUUUUUCAUAUAUGGCUUUUGUGAUAUUGAGGUAUGUUCCCUCUAUCCCUACAUGGCGGGGAGUUUUUAUCAAGAAAGGAUACUGUAGGGUCCCCUGGGUGGCCCAGUUGGUUAAGCAUCUGCCUUCAGCUCAGGUCAUGAUCCCAGGGUCCUGGGAUUGAGCCCUGCAUCAGACUCCCUGCUCAAUGAGGCAUCUGCUUCUCCUUCUCCUUAUCCCUCUGCCCCUCCCUUCCACUUGUGCUCUCUCUCAUGCACUUGCUCUCUCAAAUAAAUAAAAUCUUUUAAAAAAGGAAAGGAUGCUGUUAUUUUGUUAAAUGCUAUUUCUACAUCUAUCGAGAGGCUCAUAUGGUUCUUGUUCUUUCUUUUAUUAAUGUGGUGUAUCACAUUGAUUGAUUUGUGGAUGUUGAACCACCCUUGCAGCCCAGAAAUAAAUCCCACUUGGUUAUGGUGAAUAAUCCUUUUAAUGUACUGUUGGAUCCUAUUAGCUAAUAUCUUAUUGAGAAUUUUUACAACCAUGUUCAUAAGGGACAUUGGUCUGCAAUUCUCCUUUUUAGUGGGAUCUUUGUCUGGUUUUGGGAUCAAGGUAAUGCUGGCCUCAUAGAAUGAGUUUGGAAGUUAUCCUUCCAUUUCUAUUUUUGGAACAGUUUCAGAAGAAUAGGUAUUAAUUCUUCUUAAAUGUUUGGUAGAAUUCCCCUGGGAAGCCAUCCUGCCCUGGAAUCUUGUUUGUUAGGAGAUUUUUUAUUACUGCUUCAAUUUCUUUGCUGGUUAUGGGUCUGUUCAGGUUUUCUAUUUCUUCCUGUUUUAAUUUGGGUAGUUUAUGCAUGUCUAGGAAGGCAUCUAUUUCUUCCAGAUUGCCUAAUUUGUUGUUAUAUAAUUGCUCAUAAUAUUCUCUUAUAAUAUUUCCUAUUUCUUCAGUGUUGGUUGUGAUCUCUUCUCUUUGUGAUUUUAUUUAUUUGGGUCCUUUCUCUUUUCUUUUUGUUAAGUCUGGCUAGGGGUUUAUAGGUCUUAUUAAUUCUUUCAAAGAACCAGCUUCUAGUUUCAUUGAUCUGUUCUAUUGGUUUUUAAAAUUUCUAUAUCAUUGAUUUCUGCUUUAAUCUUUAUUAUUUCUCUUCAGCUGGAUUUAGGCUUUAUAGCUCCUUUAGGUAUAAAGUUUGGUUGUGUAUUUUAGACUUUUCUUGUUUCUUAAUAAAGGCCUAUAUUGCAAUAUACUUCCCUCUUAGGACUGCCUUUGUUGCAUCCCAAAGGUUCUGAACUGUCGUAUUUUCAUUUUCAUUUGCUUCCGUGUAUUUUUAAAUUCUUCCUUAAUUUCCUGGUUGACCCAUUUAUUCUUUAGUAGGAUGCUCUUUAACCUCCUUCCAAAUUUUUUCUUGUAGUUGGCUUCAAGUUUCAAAGCAUUGUGGUCUGAAAAUAUGCAGGGAAUGAUCUCAUUCUUUUGGUACUGGUUGAGACCUGAUUUGUGACCCAGUAUGUGAUGUGUUCUGGAGACUGUUCCACGUGCACUCAUGAAGAAUGUGUAUUCUGCUGCUUUAGGAUGCAGUACUCUGAAUAUAUCUGUUAAGUCCAUCUGGUCCAGUGUGUCAUUCAAAGCCCUUGUUUUCCUUGUUGGUCUUCUGCUUAGAUGAUGUGUCCAUUGCUGUGAGUGGGGUGUUAAAGUCCCCUACUCUUAUUGUUAUCAAUGAGUUUUUUAAUUUUGUUAUUAAUUGGUUUAUAUAUUUAGCUGCUCCCAAGUUAGGUGCAUAAAUAUUUACAAUUGUUAGAUCUUCUUGUUGGAAGACUCUUUUAUUAUGAUAUAGUGUCCUUCUACAUUCCUUAUUACAGUAUUUGGUUUCAAAUCUAGUUCAUCUGAUACAAGGAUUGAUACUCCAUCUUUCUUUUGAUGUCCAUUGGCAUGAUAAUGGUUCUCCAUCCCCUCAUUUUCAAUCUGGAGGUGUCUCUUUGUCUAAAAUGAGUCUCUUGUAAAAUUGAUGUGUCUUGUUUUGCUAUCCAUUCUGAUACCCUCUGUCUUUCGAUUGGAGCUUUUCGUUCAUUUACAUUCAGAGUAAUUACUGAAAGAUAUGAAUUUAGUGCCAUUGUAUUACCUGUAAGGUUGCUGUUCCUGUAGAUUAUCUCUGUUCCUUUCUGGUCUUUGUUACUUUUCAUCUCUCUCUUCACUCAAAGGAUCCCCUUUAAUAUUUCUUGCAUGGCUCCAUUAGUGUUCACAAAUUCCUUUAGUUUGUGUUUGUCCUCGAAACUCUUUAUCUCUCCUUCUAUUCUGAAUUACAGCCUCGCUGGAUAAAGUAUUCCUGGCUGCAUAUUUUUCCCAUUUAGCAUGCUGAAUAUAUCAUGCUAGUCCUUUCUGACAUGCCAGGUCUCUGUGGACAGGUCUGCUAACAGCCUUAUGUGUCUACUCUUGUAGGUUAAGAACCCUUUGUCCCGAGCUGCUUUCAGGAUUUUCUCUUUAUCUUUGAAAUUUGCAAGUGUCACUAUUAUAUGUUGAAGUGUUGACCUAUUUUUAUUGAUUUUGAGGGGGGUUCUCUGUGCCUCCUGGACUUGAAUGCCUGUUUUCUUCCCCAGAUUAGGGAAGUUAUCAGUUAUAAUUUGUUAAAAUAGACCUUCUGUCCCUGUCUCCCUCUUCAACUUCUGGGACCCCUAUUAUCUGGAUAUUAUUUCACUUUAUGGAAUCGCUGAGUUCUCUAAGUCUCCCUUCAUGAUCCUGUAGUUUCUCUCUUCCUUUCAGCUUCCUUAUUUUCCAUCAUUUUAUCUUUAUCACUGACUCUUCUGCCUCAUUUAUCCUCACUCUUAAAGCCCCAUUUGGGACUGCAUCUCAGUAAUAGCAUUUUUAAUUUCAGCCUGACUAGAUUUUAGUUCUUUUAUUUCUACAGGAAGGGAUUCUCUAGUGUCUUCUAUGCUUUUUUCAACCCCAGCUAGUAUCUUUAUAAUUGUUGUUUUAAAUUCUAGCUCAGACAUCUUACUUAUAUCCAUAUUAAUUUUAUCCUUGGCAGUGAGUUUCUUUUGGAGUGAAUUUCUCUGUCUCAUCAUUUUGUCCAGAAAAGAAUAGAAGAGAGAAAGAGAAAAUACAACAAUAACCACAAUGACAGCAGAAACAAAACAAAACAAACCAGAAAAACAAAACAAAACAAAACAAGAAACAAAACAGAACAAAACAAAAAACUAGAUCCUAGGUGUGUUUUGGUCUGCUUGUUAAAAGAAACUAGAUCCCAAAAUAAGAAAGAAAAACUUAUAUAUAUACAAAAAUUAAGAAAAUAAGAUAAAAUACAAUGAAAGGAAACAAUAAAACAAUAUGUAUAUAUAAUGUAUAUAAAAAUAAAAAUUCAAAAGAAUUGAAAAAAUAAGGAAAUAACUGAAAAAAUAAUACUGAAAGACUUAAGAAUAAAAAGCCCAUGGGUGCUAUAUACUGUUGUCCCCAAGACCUGAAGCUUUGCUAUUAUUAUUAUCAGUAUACUUGGUGCAGGCCAGUUGUUCCUGCUGGUCUUCUCAGGGAGGGGCCUGUUGUGCUGAUUCUUUGGUGCCCUUACCCUGGUGGAAUUUUGCCUCCCUUGCCGGGGGUGGGGGUGGGAGGGGGGGGGUGAAGAGGACGGGCUCAGUGUAAGCAGCUCCAGAUUCUACUAUAUGGUGCUCUUUUGCUCCCUGAAGUCUUUCAGCACUGAUGGGUGGGAUGAAAAUGGUGGUGCCCCUGUCUCUAGCCCUGAAGCUGAAAGUUCAUGGCCUCCACUCUUCAGGGAACCCUCACAGAAAAGCAGUCAAUCACUCUUGUCUCCCUGGUUUCCAUCUGAACUCUGUGUUCACCCAGGCUGUGACCAAGCAUUUUUAUCUCGGGCACAAGA